GGUUCAACUGGCUUCUCCCAUAUCUGUCUUUUUGUAUUCGGUUCUUCUGAAGUAUAUGUAAAAGGCAGAAAACUUUCCAUGGAGAGUUGUAGCUUGUUCUUACUGUUGUGUCUUUCAUGGAGUUUGUUUAUCUUGGGUGACUUUCAAUUACAGACCUCUCAAACACAAGUGCUUCUUCAGCUGAAGAAGCAUUUGGAGUAUCCAAAGCAACUGGAGAUAUGGUAUGAUCGUAAAACGGAGUUUUGUUCGUUACCUCCAUCUGCACAAGUAAACAUCUCAUGCGAGUACAACUCUGUCACUGAGCUCAAAAUAAUGGGCGAUAAGCCAGCCACUAAGGUUACAGAUUUUGAUGGUUUUGCAAUACCAAACCGAACAUUAUCUGAGAGCUUCUUGAUGGAUUCGUUUGUUACAACUCUGUCAAGGCUAUCAGGUUUGAAAGUUCUUAGUCUGGUCUCUUUGGGCAUUUGGGGUUCUCUCCCAGAUAAAAUUCAUCGGUUGUCUUCACUUGAAUACUUGGAUUUGAGUUCCAAUUUUCUCUUUGGUUCAAUUCCUCCUAAAAUUUCAACAUUGGUGAAGCUUCAAACUUUUGUAUUGGAUGAUAAUUUCUUUAAUGGAACGGUUCCCAGUUGGUUAGAUUCUUUUUCUAAUCUGACAGUUCUAAGCAUGAGGAAUAACCGGCUGAAAGGUCCUUUUCCAUCUUCAAUAAAGGGCAUUACUAAUCUCAUUAAUCUUGCUUUGCCUGGCAAUGAGAUUUCAGGGAAAUUGCCAGAUCUUAGCAGCUUAAGGAAUCUGAAUGUGCUGGAUUUGGGUGGAAACAAAUUGGAUUCUCAUUUGCCGGCAAUGCCUAAAGGAUUGCUUAUGGCUUUCUUGAGCAACAACUCCUUCUUGGGGGAAAUUCCAUCACAAUAUAGCCAGCUAAGUCAGCUUCAGCAUAUUGAUGUGUCAUUCAAUAUGCUAAGUGGCAAACCUCCAGCUGAACUUUUCUCAUUGCCAAAUAUCAGUUACUUGAAUUUGGCAUCAAAUGGAUUAAGUGGAUCCCUUUCAGACAAUCUAAGCUGUGGCAGCAACCUUGAGUUUGUUGAUAUAUCAAACAAUAGGCUAACGGGAAGCUUGCCUUCUUGUUUGCACACUGAAUCAGGCAAUAGAGUUGUUAAGUUCAGUGGCAAUUGUUUAUCCAUCAAUGGACAUCACCAGCAUCCAGAGUCAUAUUGCAGAGAACCAGAAGUUCAAAUGUACAGGAGCAACACUGGUGCAAAAGGCAUUGGAGUAUUAGUUGGUCUUAUUGUUGGAAUAGGUGUUGUCAUUGUGCUUCUGGCUAUUGGUUUUCUUAUUGUGUGUAGGAGAUACUGCCCCCGAAGGACAUCGGAGCAACAUUUGCUGCACAAAUCAGUACAAGACAACUCGACAGCGGGGUUCUCGUCUGAGAUCCUAACCAAUGCAACUUCAAAGUUGGGGGCACAAGGUCUUCCAGCUUGUCGGUCGUUCACUUUGGAAGAGUUAAAGGAAGCUACAAACAACUUUGAUAACUCUGCUUUUCUGGGUGAAGGUUCUUAUGGAAAGCUUUUCAAAGGAAGACUGGAGAGUGGAAUCGAAGUUGCUAUAAGGUGCCUGCCUACGUCAAAGAAAUACUCAAUUCGAAAUCUCAAACUCAGGUUGGAUAUGCUGGCAAAGAUUCGCCACCCGCAUUUGGUUUGCAUUAUGGGGCACUGCAUUGAAGUUAGACAAGAUGACUGCAGCGUGAACAGGGUCUUCCUUGUAUAUGAAUACAUUUCUAAUGGGAAUUUUCGUUGUCAUCUCUCUGGUAAUCUUGGAUUCCAGUUUUUUCUACUUUCGAUUGCUAGAUUAUACCAUAUCCAUAAACAUGCGGAUGCAUUCUUUUUUGUAGAUAACUCUCCUGGAGAGGUUCUUAGUUGGUCAGAACGAUUAGCAGUUUUGAUUGGUGUUUGCAAGGCUGUGCACUUCUUGCAUACUGGAGUUAUUCCUGCUUUCUUUCACAACAGAUUGAAGACGAAUAAUAUCUUGCUCAACGAGCAUCGAAUGGCAAAAUUGGGUGACUACGGGCUGUCAAUUAUCUCAGAAGAAACAGGCAAUUAUGGGGCAAAAGGAAAGGACCCUAAAUCAUGGCAAAUGACAAGAUUAGAGGAUGAUGUCUAUAGCUUUGGUCUCAUCUUGCUGGAGUCCAUGGUUGGUCCUUCGGUGGCUGCUAAAAAAGAGGCGACUCUACGUGAUGAAUUGGCAUCCUUAAGCAACCAAGAUGGGCGUGCAGGGAUCAUGAACCCAGCUGUUUCGGCUACUUGCUCACAACAAUCUAUAGCAAUCGUGAUUUCCAUAACAAAUAAGUGCAUUUGUCCAGAAUUAUGGAGCCGCCCAUCUUUUGAGGACAUCCUUUGGAAUUUGCAAUAUGCUGCACAAGUCCAGGCAAAUGCAGAUGGUGAACAAAGAUUCAGUCCUGUAUAGUCCUUUCCAUAUUGAGCAAGUUUGUUGUUAAUUCUUUAUUUUGUUCGCAAUUGUAAUAACACAUGAAUUUUAUUUGGAA